AUGCGCCGCGCGGAGACCAUUAAGCACAACAACCGCGUGAACGUGUACGUGCGCGUGCGCGCGUUCCGCGAGGACGAGACGAGCGGGGACAUGGGCCAGCUGGCGGUGAACAUGGACGACAGCGCUGUGGAGGUGACGGUGCCGAAGAAGGGCCGCUUCACGUUUGGGUUCGACGGGUGCUUCUGGAGCAACGACCGUGCGUGCCCGUCUGGAAAGCCGUCGGCGUCGCAGGAGGACGUGUUCGAGGAGGUUGGGCGGCCGCUUGUGGAGAACGCGCUGGCGGGGUACAACGCUGCCGUGAUGGCGUACGGGCAGACGGGGAGCGGGAAGACGUACACGUCGUUCGGGCCACCGGGGUCGAUCGGGACGUCGCAGGAGGGCCUGAUUCCGCGCGUGUGCAACAUGAUCUUCUCGCGCGCGGCGAACAGCGCGCAGAAGGGCGUGACGUACACGGUGUCUGCGUCGAUGCUGGAGGUGUACCUGGAGGACGUGUUCGACCUGCUGAACCACCGCAAGCAGCUGAGCGUGCGGAACGACUUCACGAGCAACAUGUUCAGCGUUGUUGGGCAGAAGACGGUGCCCGUGAAGAGCUACAAGGACGUGCUUGCGGUGCUGAACAAGGCGGAGCCGCUGCGGACGUUUGCGGCGACGAACAUCCACGACCACUCGUCGCGCGCGCACACGCUGUUCAUGCUGGAGGUGCAGACGCACUUCGACGCGCCGGAUCUUGCGCCGCGGUGCGCGAAGAUCAUGCUUGCGGACCUCGCGGGGUGCGAGCGGAUCCGGCUUGCGGGGACGGAGGAGGGGCUUGCGUUCGAGCAGGCGCGCAACAUCAACCUGUCGCUGCUGGCGCUGGGGUCGUGCAUCGAGGCGGUUGCGACGCGUGGGCGAGGCAACUCGCGGCCGAUCCCGGAGUUUCGCAACAGCACGCUGACGAAGCUGCUGAAGGACUACAUUGGCGGGAACAGCAUCUCGACGAUGAUGGUGACGAUCUCGCCGAGCGAGCGCGACGCGAACCUGUCUGUGCAGACGCUGCGGUUUGCUGACCGCGCGAAGCAGAUCACGACGCAUGCGCACGUGAACACGGUGGACCCGCAGCAGGCGAAGCAGGACGGGUGCGAUCUGAGCGACCGGUGGCGCGACGAGUACCUGCGGAAGAAGGAGGCGCUGUACGCGGAGUACCAGCUGAAGGGGACCAUCGAGAAGCUGCUUGCGCGGAUCGCGGAACUGGAGGCGAGGCUGCGCGAGUGCGCGGACGACGAGCUUGCGCUACACCUGACGACGGAGGUCGAGACGCUGCAGAAGGCGCUGACGGAGGCAGACUACCAGAUGGGGCUGCAGCGGCAGAUCCUGUACGGCGAGUUCCUGAUGCUGGAGGACGAGCUGCGCGAGCUGAAUACGAAGAUGCAGGAGAUGAAGGAGGAGCACGAGGAGGCGAUGGAGGGGCUUCUUGGCGAGGAGGCCGGGCGGUUCGAGGAGAUGAAGCGUGGGUACGAGACGCGGCUGCGCGCACUGCAGAGCGAGAGCGACGCCACGCUUGCUGCGUCCACGGACGAGAUCGCUGCGCUGCGGCGCCUGGUGGCGGAGCUGCAGGAGCGCCUCGCGGCCAAGGAGACGGAGUGCGCAGACCUUGCGGACCGGCUGAGUGCGUUACAGGCGAAGUACGACGCCGACACUUGCGCCAGCCAGCGCGUGCGCAGCGAGCUGGAGGCGCAGCUUGAGGAGCUGCGCAACCGGAGCGAGGAGCGCGAUGAGCAGCUCGCGAUGGUAGAGGCGCAGCUAGAGGAGUCGGAGAGGCAGGUGAGCGAGCUGACGAAGCGCCAGGAGCAGCUGAUGCGCGAAGAAGAGACGCUAAGGGCUACCGUGGAGCGACUGACCGUGGCUAUGGAAAGCACCGAGGAGACGCUGCAGCAGACGUCCGCCAAGCUCGCUGACACCGAGGAGACACUGCAGGAGACGUCCGCCAAGCUCGCCGACACCGAGGAGACGCUGCAGCAGACGUCCGCCAAGCUCGCUGACACCGAGGAGACGCUGCAGGAGACGCUGCAGGAGACGUCCGCCAAGCUCGCCGACACCGAGGAGACACUGCAGGAGACGUCCGCCAAGCUCGCCGACACCGAGGAGACGCUGCAGGAGACGUUCGCCAAACUCGCCGACACCGAGGAGACGCUGCAGGAGACGUCCGCCAAGCUCGCCGACACCGAGGAGACGCUGCAGCAGACGUCCGCCAAGCUUGCCGACACCGAGGAGACACUGCAGGAGACGUUCGCCAAGCUCGCCGACACCGAGGAGACACUGCAGGAGACGUUCGCCAAACUCGCCGACACCGAGGAGACACUGCAGGAGACGUCCGCCAAGCUCGCCGACACCGAGGAGACGCUGCAGGAGACGUCCGCCAAGCUCGCUGACACCGAGGAGACGCUGCAGCAGACGUCCGCCAAGCUCGCUGACACCGAGGAGACGCUGCAGGAGACGUCCGCCAAGCUCGCUGACACCGAGGAGACGCUGCAGGAGACGUCCGCCAAGCUCGCCGACACCGAGGAGACGCUGCAGGAGACGUCCGCCAAGCUCGCCGACACCGAGGAGACGCUGCAGGAGACGUCCGCCAAGCUCGCCGACACCGAGGAGACACUGCAGGAGACGUCCGCCAAGCUCGCCGACACCGAGGAGACACUGCAGGAGACGUUCGCCAAACUCGCCGACACCGAGGAGACACUGCAGGAGACGUCCGCCAAGCUCGCCGACACCGAGGAGACGCUGCAGGAGACGUCCGCCAAGCUCGCUGACACCGAGGAGACGCUGCAGCAGACGUCCGCCAAGCUCGCCGACACCGAGGAGACGCUGCAGGAGACGUCCGCCAAGCUCGCCGACACCGAGGAGACGCUGCAGGAGACGUCCGCCAAGCUCGCCGACACCGAGGAGACACUGCAGGAGACGUCCGCCAAGCUCGCCGACACCGAGGAGACACUGCAGGAGACGUUCGCCAAACUCGCCGACACCGAGGAGACACUGCAGGAGACGUCCGCCAAGCUCGCCGACACCGAGGAGACGCUGCAGGAGACGUCCGCCAAGCUCGCUGACACCGAGGAGACGCUGCAGCAGACGUCCGCCAAGCUCGCUGACACCGAGGAGACGCUGCAGGAGACGUCCGCCAAGCUCGCUGACACCGAGGAGACGCUGCAGCAGACGUCCGCCAAGCUCGCUGACACCGAGGAGACGCUGCAGGAGACGUCCGCCAAGCUCGCCGACACCGAGGAGACGCUGCAGGAGACGUCCGCCAAGCUCGCCGACACCGAGGAGACGCUGCAGGAGACGUCCGCCAAGCUCGCCGACACCGAGGAGACACUGCAGGAGACGUCCGCCAAGCUCGCCGACACCGAGGAGACACUGCAGGAGACGUUCGCCAAACUCGCCGACACCGAGGAGACACUGCAGGAGACGUCCGCCAAGCUCGCCGACACCGAGGAGACGCUGCAGGAGACGUCCGCCAAGCUCGCUGACACCGAGGAGACGCUGCAGGAGACGUCCGCCAAGCUCGCUGACACCGAGGAGACGCUGCAGCAGACGUCCGCCAAGCUCGCUGACACCGAGGAGACGCUGCAGGAGACGUCCGCCAAGCUCGCUGACACCGAGGAGACGCUGCAGCAGACGUCCGCCAAGCUCGCUGACACCGAGGAGACGCUGCAGGAGACGUCCGCCAAGCUCGCUGACACCGAGGAGACGCUGCAGGAGACGUCCGCCAAGCUCGCUGACACCGAGGAGACGCUGCAGCAGACGUCCGCCAAGCUCGCUGACACCGAGGAGACGCUGCAGGAGACGUCCGCCAAGCUCGCUGACACCGAGGAGACGCUGCAGGAGACGUCCGCCAAGCUCGCUGACACCGAGGAGACGCUGCAGGAGACGUCCGCCAAGCUCGCUGACACCGAGGAGACGCUGCAGCAGACGUCCGCCAAGCUCGCCGACACCGAGGAGACGCUGCAGGAGACGUCCGCCAAGCUCGCUGACACCGAGGAGACGCUGCAGCAGACGUCCGCCAAGCUCGCCGACACCGAGGAGACGCUGCAGGAGACGUCCGCCAAGCUCGCCGACACCGAGGAGACGCUGCAGCAGACGUCCGCCAAGCUCGCCGACACCGAGGAGACGCUGCAGGAGACGUCCGCCAAGCUCGCUGACACCGAGGAGACGCUGCAGCAGACGUCCGCCAAGCUCGCUGACACCGAGGAGACGCUGCAGGAGACGUCCGCCAAGCUCGCUGACACCGAGGAGACGCUGCAGGAGACGUCCGCCAAGCUCGCUGACACCGAGGAGACGCUGCAGGAGACGUCCGCCAAGCUCGCUGACACCGAGGAGACGCUGCAGCAGACGUCCGCCAAGCUCGCCGACACCGAGGAGACACUGCAGGAGACGUCCGCCAAGCUCGCCGACACCGAGGAGACGCUGCAGGAGACGUCCGCCAAACUCGCCGACACCGAGGAGACGCUGCAGGAGACGUCCGCCAAGCUCGCCGACACCGAGGAGACACUGCAGGAGACGUCCGCCAAGCUCGCUGACACCGAGGAGACACUGCAGGAGACGUCCGCCAAGCUCGCCGACACCGAGGAGACGCUGCAGGAGACGUCCGCCAAGCUCGCUGACACCGAGGAGACGCUGCAGGAGACGUCCGCCAAGCUCGCUGACACCGAGGAGACGCUGCAGGAGACGUCCGCCAAGCUCGCUGACACCGAGGAGACGCUGCAGGAGACGUCCGCCAAGCUCGCUGACACCGAGGAGACGCUGCAGCAGACGUCCGCCAAGCUCGCUGACACCGAGGAGACGCUGCAGGAGACGUCCGCCAAGCUCGCUGACACCGAGGAGACGCUGCAGCAGACGUCCGCCAAGCUCGCCGACACCGAGGAGACGCUGCAGGAGACGUCCGCCAAGCUCGCCGACACCGAGGAGACGCUGCAGGAGACGUCCGCCAAGCUCGCCGACACCGAGGAGACACUGCAGGAGACGUCCGCCAAGCUCGCCGACACCGAGGAGACGCUGCAGGAGACGUCCGCCAAGCUCGCCGACACCGAGGAGACGCUGCAGGAGACGUCCGCCAAGCUCGCCGACACCGAGGAGACGCUGCAGCAGACGUCCGCCAAGCUUGCCGACACCGAGGAGACGCUGCAGGAGACGUCCGCCAAGCUCGCUGACACCGAGGAGACGCUGCAGGAGACGUCCGCCAAGCUCGCCGACACCGAGGAGACGCUGCAGGAGACGUCCGCCAAGCUCGCUGACACCGAGGAGACACUGCAGGAGACGUCCGCCAAGCUCGCCGACACCGAGGAGACGCUGCAGCAGACGUCCGCCAAGCUCGCCGACACCGAGGAGACACUGCAGGAGACGUCCGCCAAGCUCGCUGACACCGAGGAGACGCUGCAGCAGACGUCCGCCAAGCUUGCCGACACCGAGGAGACGCUGCAGGAGACGUCCGCCAAGCUCGCUGACACCGAGGAGACGCUGCAGCAGACGUCCGCCAAGCUCGCCGACACCGAGGAGACGCUGCAGGAGACGUCCGCCAAGCUCGCCGACACCGAGGAGACGCUGCAGCAGACGUCCGCCAAGCUCGCCGACACCGAGGAGACGCUGCAGGAGACGUCCGCCAAGCUCGCUGACACCGAGGAGACGCUGCAGCAGACGUCCGCCAAGCUCGCUGACACCGAGGAGA